AGAGACACUGGAUAUGAAAGAUCCACCAAAACCUGAGUCCCAGGAACCUCCAGCAGCUGCUGCUGUUUCAGAAACAGCUCCAGGAGAUGCAGUGGACACAUUCAAGGUUUCGAAUAAGGCCAAAAGGAGGAUGAGGAAAAUGAGAAAUAGUUUAAAAAUGCAGGAGGCUGCUGGACAGGAGACACAGAUGCAGGAAGUGAGUGAAACGCUGGAGACUGACACAUCUAUUGAACACCUGUGUGAGCUCCUGGGUGGACUGCAUCUGUCCUCUGAGCCUUCUGCCCCAGCCACACCAUCUCCUGUUCUUGAGCUUCAUCAUUUAGUGGCGAACUCCUCUGGCCCAUUUAACAGAUUGAAGCCUCUUCGUCCUGCGACGUUCAUCUUCGAAUUCUCACCCACAUUUGGUUUUGGACCAACACAGGAGACUGACUCCCAGAUGAGUGGGCCAGAUGUGUCCAUGGAGACCCCUGAGAUAGAAGAGCCCAGAGAAACACCUUCUCCAUCUGAGGGUCAGGGCGCUGCCUUAGAGCCAUUGGAUCAUGUCCGAGAUGUUUCCAGUGCAUCUCCUAGAGCUUCUAAGGCGGUUAAGAAAACAAAAAGGAGGAUGACGAAAACGAAAAAAACUGAUUUACCACAGAGGCAAGAAGAGACUGACCCACGGGAGACAGACGCAGUUGAACCUUUACGUGAGCUGCUGGAUGGGCUACAUCUGCCUUCAAAGCCCUUUGCCACAGCCACACCAUCUCCCGUUCCUCAGCUUCAUAGAGUGACCCCAUUUAACAGCUUGAGACCUCUACAGCCAGCGAAAUUUAUAUUUAAAUCCUCAUCUGCAGAAAUUAAACAUUUCUGUCCGCGUGUAGAGGACUUGCAUAUCUCCUCAAAGCCCCCAGCCACACCAUCUCCUGUUCCUGAGCUUCAUCAUAUAGGGGCGAACUCCUCCACGCCAUUUAACAGAUUGAAGCCUCUUCGUCCAGCCACAUUUAUUUAUGAGUCACCCAUAUCUGAAAUGGAACAUUUAUGUCAACGUCUGGAUGACUUGCAUCUGUCUCCCACGCCCCCAGCCACACCGUCUUCUAUACCUGAGCUUCAUCGUUUGGUGGAGAAAUCCUCUGGCCCAUUUAACAAGCAAAGGCCUCUACAACCAGCCACGUUUAUUUAUGAGUCACCCAUAUCUGAAAUGGAACAUCUUUGUCAGCGUUUGGAUGACUUGCAUCUGUCUCCAAAGCCUCCCGCCUGGGCCACACCAUCUUCUGUUCCUGAGCUUCAUCAUUUAGUGGCGAACUCCUCUGGCCCAUUUAACAGCUUGAAGCCUCUUCGUCCAGCUACAUUUUUCUUUGAAUUAUCACCCACAUUUGGUUUCGGACAAAAGCUGAACUCUGACUCUCAGAUGAGUGGGCAAGAAGGGUCCAUGGAGCGCCCUGAGACAGCAGACCCCACAGCAACACCUUCUCCAUCUGAGGGUCAGGGCGCUGCCUUAGAGCCAUUGGAUCAUGUCCGAGAUGGGUCCAGUACAUCUCGGAGAGUUUCGAAGGCUGCUAAGAAAGUAAAAAUGAUGAGGAAAACUAAAAACAGCGAUGUUUCAAAGAGGCAGGAAAUGAAGGACACACGGGAGACAGACACAGUCAAAGUUUUCACAGUUACAGUUUUUGUUAUAGUUUUCAUUUUAGUUUUAUUUAGUUUUAUUUAUUUUUUUUAAAUUAGCUUUUAUUUUUAGAUUUUAGUUAUGUUAAUUUUAAUAAAAGUUUAGGCAAUUUUGGUAUACAGUAUGCUUUUGUCAAUUUA